AUGGAGACUCGCCGUCGUCGACGCAGCGAAACGCUGGAGCAGAGGCGCAGUUCACCACCACGUCGUGUGAGGGGAAGGCCGCGCCGUGAGGAGGUUAGUCGCGAGCAACCUGAGCAACCGACUCCUCCUCCGCCUCCUCCUCCUCCUUCUCUAACGCCUCCAUUACCUUCUCCACCGUCGUCACCUUCACAGCAAGGAUCUCCAGCACGCUUGUCGGAGGUCUCAGGAGGUGGAUCGUCGUUACCUCAAGCUCCGAUCACUCACAGAAAUUGGAGACGCUUGAUUCGCAACGUUAACAACAUACGGCAGCGGAAUGAUUACUUGCAGGAGCAGUUAGAUUACUAUCGCCUUAAGCAACAGGACGAAGGAGAACGGGAAGCGGAGCCUGUAGCGGAGUUUAAGCCAUUCUCGGCGGCGGUAAGGGAGUUAGAACGAGAAACUUUGAAGCAAAACGUGAAGCGGUACAGUGCCGCAUCUGUCAAGAUCGAGGAGUUGGAGCCGCAAGCCUGUGCGCGCGCCUUCAAGAAUGGACGGCUACCGGGGAAGAUGAACAACAAGCUAAGUCGGAAGCCAGCUCGUUCGAUGGCGGAAGUCCGCGCUCGGGCGAAUACCUACAUCCUAGAUGAGGAGGACGACGCAUUCAAAAGGAGGCGUGCAAAAGUGGAAAAAGAUGGCGGACAAAGGAACGUGUCGCCGACAGGAAGGCAAGGCCAGGAGAAGGGAGAAAACAGUAAUCGAAGUGAUAAGAAAGUCAAGCAACCGGAGAAGUUUGAGAAGGAGCAACUCUAUCCGAAGAAAGAAAACUUUGAGCGUCGUCGCCCAUGGCAACAAACUCACCCUCGCCGGCGUGAGAGGCCAGGCGGAGACAUGAACACGGAAUUAACAGAACUACUUCGGGAAGUAAAGGCAACGCAUGCAUUUGAAGAGGGCGAGAAGGAAGUUAAUCCGCCACGGGAGGCGGUAGACAAAACUAAGUGGUGCGAGUAUCAUCGUCGGCAGGCCACGACACCAGUGACUGUUUUACGUUACAAGGCGAGACCGAGAGGCUGA